AUGAAUCCCUCAUCUGAGACCACUCCCACGGCAAAUAUCCGCAAGAGAAAGUCCGAGGCCGAGGACACGGACACUGACUCCAGCACACCGCAGGUCAAAAACCAAACAAAGCAGUCCCCGGAGAGCCCAAGCGCUGGCCGCAGAAAGCAAGAAGCCAAGGAGAAAAGGCAACGAGUGAAACUGGGCAGGCGCAGGCCAGAUCAAGUCGCCCAACAGCCCACGCGGCUGUUCAGCGCACCGCCGGGACAGGAUAGCUUCUGCGGACGGCUCAUCAUGCGCGCCCGGUCAGACGCCUACAAGUUUGCCACGUCGAUCUAUACGGCACCGGACCAGUCCACGCGAGUGUUCUGGGCUGAUGGUUCCUAUAGCGAGGACGGGGCUGGCGCGGCCGUGGUAUACCGACCGGAUCCUAGGGAGAGGGAAUGGGCCUAUCGGGGCUAUGCCGUGAGCGGCCUCCAUGAGAGCCGGGAGUUGGAGCUGUUUGCUAUCGGGGCUGCGUUGAAAGUGGCUGUCUUCGAAGCAGAUACGACACCGUGCUCAUCGGCGUCCUCCCAGCCGUCUCCGCCGUCGAGUCCGUCGUCUCAAGCUUCGUCUAGUACCCUGGAGAGGAGCUCGACUACAGCCGUCACAGUUUUCACAGACUGUAAGCACUGCCUGGACUUGCUCGGGAGCUGGCCAAACCCGACAGGUGCAGGGUCGCUGCUGUCGACCACAGUCCACCUUGUUAAACAGGUGAUGCGUCGCUCGCAGCAGAUGCGAAACAUGGGCGUACAAGUCGAGAUCCACUGGGCUCCAGCGCAUAUGAACCCGCCGAUCCCGGGGCACAAGGAAGCAGAUCUUCUAGCCAAGACGGCGACCAGACUCCAGGCGCAUCUGACAGCCCGUGAUAUGGAGCAGAGCGUUGAUGGGACUGUGUUGAUGGUGGGAGCCGAUCACUUAUAA